AUGAGCUCCAUUCGGCGCAUGUCCCCAAUGGACCUACUCUCCCUCAAUCUCACCAACCUCGACCCGCUGACGGAAAACUAUGACCUGGGCUUCUAUCUCAACUACCUCAUGCGGUGGCCGUCGCUCUUCAGUAGCGUUCAAGAUCGUCAGGAAGGCAUUGUUGGCUACAUCAUGGGAAAGCUAGAGGAACAGCACCCCUCCAUGCGCCACUCCGAACACUACACCCCCUGGCACGGACAUAUCACCGUUUUGACCGUUGCGCCUGCAUCGCGCCGGCUCGGCCAUGCGCGUCGUCUCACUGAGCGAUUGGAGCGCGGCUCGGAUAUUAAUGAUGCUUGGUUUGUCGACCUCUACGUUAGGGCGGGGAAUAAAGUAGCUGUGGAUAUGUAUAAAGGCAUGGGGUACUCUGUAUUCCGUCGAGUCGUCAAUUACUACAGCGAUGAUCCGACGGGGGUCUCAGAUACUGGCGAAGACGCAUUUGAUAUGCGCAAACCAUGUAGUCGGGAUAAGAAACUGCAACAUGUGCGGGAUAAUGGGGAGGAUUUCCCCGUUAGUCCGGAGGAUGUUCUGUAG